GCAAUGUUAUGGCGCGGUGUACCUGAGCGCUGCUGAGGAACAAACGUAAACCAUUUAAUCUCACCUACAACUCACUGUUACACUGCUGUACACAUGUUGUACUGCUGGUAACUGUGUUGUGAAAGGUGCAGUGGUCGCAGGAAGCUGCGGCUCGUCUCUCAGCUGCUGAUGGAGCACAUCCGACUACCAAAGGUGGAGAAUGUCAGGCUGCGGGACAGAGUCUCUCCCAGGAGGAGUAGGGUGGGCACCCUGUACCUGACAGCCACACACACCAUCUUUGUGGAGAAUGAGGCCGGAGUGCGCAAUGAAACUUGGGUGCUUCACAGUUUGGUGUGCAGUGUGGAGAAACAAGCUGCCACCGCGUCAGGAUGUGCUCUGCUCAUCCACUGUAAGAACUUCCAGGUUCUUCAUUUUGUCAUUCCUCGAGAGCGGGAAUGCCACGAUGUUCACCUGUCCCUGCAGCGUCUCUCCCAGCCAGAGAGUUACGCAGAGCUGUAUUGCUUCUCCUAUAAGCCUAACGUGGAUGAGGAGGAGAGACGGCAGGAAUGGGACUUCUUGGACCUCAAGGCUGAUUACAGCAGAAUGGGACUUCCAAACUCCCUGUGGAAACUCUCUGCCGUCAACCGAAACUACAAGGUGAGUGACACUUACCCCGCUGACCUCUUUGUACCUGAAUCUGCCGCACCUCCGGUCAUCGUGGGGAGCUCCAAGUUCAGGAGCAGGGGAAGAUUUCCCACUCUGUCGUACUACUCCAAAGAAAAUCAUGCUGCCAUCUGCCGCAGCAGCCAGCCUCUGUCAGGUUUCAGCGCUCGCUGCCUGGAGGAUGAACAGAUGCUGGAGGCCAUCUUAAGGUCCAAUCCCCGCAGCGACUUCAUGUAUGUGGUGGACACCAGGCCUAAGCUGAAUGCGAUCGCAAACCGAGCCGCGGGAAAAGGCUACGAGAAUGAAGAUAACUACUCCAACAUUAAAUUCCAGUUCAUCGGCAUCGAGAACAUCCACGUUAUGAGGAACAGCCAGCAAAAAAUGCUAGAAGUGUGUGAGCUGCGUUCCCCCUCCAUGUCCGACUUCCUGGAGGGUCUGGAGAGCUCAGGCUGGCUCAAGCACAUCAAAGCUGUUUUGGAUGCAGGCAUCUUCAUCGCCAAGGCUGUUGCAGAGGAGGGUGUCAGUGUCCUGGUUCACUGUUCAGACGGGUGGGACCGCACGGCCCAGGUGUGUUCAGUGGCCUGUGUGCUGCUGGAUCCCUACUACAGGACCCUCCGAGGACUCAUGGUUCUCAUCGAGAGAGACUGGGUCUCAUUUGGACACAAGUUCUCUCACAGAUGCAACCACCUGGUGGGAGAUCCUAAGGAGGUGUCUCCCAUCAUUGAUCAGUUCCUGGAGUGCGUGUGGCAGCUGAUGGAGCAGUUCCCCUGUGCCUUUGAGUUCAACGAGAGGUUCCUCAUCACCAUUCACAGCCACAUCUACUCCUGCCAGUAUGGCAACUUCAUUGGCAACAACCAGCGGGAGAGGAUGGAGCUAGGAGUGCGAGAGAGGACUCACUCUUUGUGGAUUUACCUAUGGACGAACCGUGCAGACUACAUCAACCCUCUGUACAGGCCUGACCACAGCCAGACUCAGGGGCUACUACGGCCGUCUACUGCCCCCUACUGCUUUAAGUUAUGGAGAGGCCUGUACAACCGCUUUGACCGAGGGAUGCAUCCGAGGCAGUCCAUAGAUGAUUACCUGAGGGCCAUCCAAGAGGAGACUCAGCAGCUGGAGGAGCAGCUGGCCUCACACAAACAGAAAAUUGCUGAACUGGAGCAGGAGCAGGAAUGGCAUGUCACCCAGAAAGCAACCACCUUUGAUAAGAGUCCCACAGCGUGGGCUCUCAGCAAUGACCUCACUCUGGCCAACACCCCUCAGGACUACACUGGGGGCUUCAUCACCAGCAGCCCCUGUCAGCCAAAAGCACCAGACAGCAGCGUGAUCCUCCUGCCCCAAGACCUGAACAAAACAUCCGAAGCCAACCUCUCCAACGGCAGCGACCAGGAGUCUGGGAUCGCAGACCUGAGCUGUCGUUCACCCGCCAGCGAGGACAGCACCAGGGAUCCCGACUCAGAUGAGGCUGCCUACUCUGCUGCCUGAGCAAACGUAGCGUGUGGUGGAAGCCACAGUAGCUUCAAGGCCACUGAACAAAUGCUACCUUCACAUUAAUCAAGUGACCCGGCUAUUGCCACUAACCUUAGCGAAAAGUCGGGUUACACAGCUUACUUGCACUUUUGUUUGCAUGUUGUGUGGUGGACUCGCCCCGUUGCCACAUACAUACUAGUUAAAACUAGUUGCUGUAGCUGACUAGAUUUUACUUCUAAUCCCAGUGAAAGAAUUUCUGAAAGUAAUUGCAAAGCUGAAUAUAGCUCCCAGUCAUGUCUGUUGUUCAACAGCAGAAUUAACCCAUAAAACUGUACACAGUUUAAUAUUGGCGUGAUCUCAACAGAAACUAGUUUACUUAAGUAAAAGGCAAGUAAAGAGCAGUUCUGAACAAUUCAGUGUACAUGUAAAAUGAGUAAGUAUGAGCGCUUUUUAUUAUGGUCUUCCAUACACUUAAUUUAUUCAUUAGGCAUUUGGCUUUACAAUGUUAACACUUUCUGAAAACACUGCUACAAUAAUGGAUCGCAACAGAUUUAUCCUCAACUAGAAAAGCAGUGUUGGCUAUAAAAAGAGACAAACAGGACUUUGAUAUCAAAUUUUUUAAAACGACACGAGCUUCUAAGAGACCAAAGCAUCAUUUUAGGUGCAUUGAUCUUUAAAGCUGCUAAGUUAGUUAGUUAAUUAGGGGGAAAUCAGGACAGAAUCAAACAGAUAAAACAGUAACAUAAGAUGGAACAACAAAUAGAAAAACUGCAGGGAUAAAAACAGCCGACUCAAGGUGUAUACAGACUAUAAGCUGCUGUCGCAUUGUACUAAGAGAAUGACUCAUCUUUGAAGCAGUGUUUUGCAAAGAUUUAUCUCCUCAAGUCUUUUUCCAUAAAAUGUUUUGAUAAUUUUGUCUAACAGCUGUUGUAGAUGCUGUCGCACCUUAUGGUCACUGCUACUCACAGACAGUCUGGGUUCAUGAUUUCAGUCUGGCCUGAAAGACGAGCAGUAAUCCUGUUCCAUCCAAAAUGUAAUUCAAAUGGCAGUGUAGUGUUGUUUCUGUCCCAAAGAACAUAUAAUAUGAACUGAACUCACUCAGCAAACCACAGUGACCUCAGCUGGGAUUUAGAGUCAUUACACUACAAUAACCAGUGGUUAGUUGUGGCUGAUUGGCACCUUAUGAGCCACACCUGCAGAUUUCAACUUCAUACAGGAUAUCACGUGAUAUUAAUGCUACACAGUGGAAAAUAAGCUUUGAUUUUUUUUUUUUUUUUUUUUUUUUUU